AUGUCGUGGGAUCAAGUCAAGUUCUCACUUGCCCCAAGGGCUAAAGGAAGUUAUCUUAUCACCCAGGAAGUCUUAGCAGCAGUUCCUCAAAUCAAAGAUUACCAAGUUGGAAUGCUUCAUUUGUUCACCCAACAUACUUCAUGUGGUCUUACGCUUAAUGAAAACUGGGAUCCAGAUGUACGUGCUGAUAUGACAUCAUCAUUUGAUCGCAUAGUACCUGAAGGAAACUUCUAUAUUCAUUCUGAUGAAGGCCCUGAUGAUAUGCCUGGUCAUGUCAAGUCCACAUUGGCUGGUGUUAGUUUAUCAAUCCCUAUUUCCAAUGGGAAAUUGGCUUUGGGUACCUGGCAAGGGAUCUACUUGUGUGAAUUUAGAACCUAUAGACACACAAGAAAGUUAGUAGCCACUAUCAAUGGAUUAAAGACCAAUUGA